UGCGCGUUGGGUUCCGGAAGGUGGUGUUUCGGUUAGCGGGACAACGCGGCAGCGGGUCUUCAAAGCGAAGCCGGGAGUUUUCGCCACUCUUGUCGCCGCCAUGAGCCGCAGUUAUAACGAUGAACUGCAGUUCUUGGAAAAGGUCAAUAAAAGCUGCUGGAGAAUCAAGAAGGGCUUCGUGCCCAACAUGCAGGUUGAAGGAGUUUUCUAUGUGAAUGAUGCUCUGGAAAAAUUAAUGUUUGAAGAAUUAAGGAAUGCCUGUCGAGGUGGUGGUGUUGGUGGCUUCCUGCCAGCCAUGAAACAAAUUGGCAAUGUGGCCGCCCUGCCUGGGAUUGUUCAUCGAUCCAUUGGGCUUCCCGAUGUCCAUUCAGGUUAUGGGUUUGCUAUUGGGAAUAUGGCAGCUUUUGAUAUGAAUGACCCUGAAGCAGUGGUAUCCCCAGGUGGUGUCGGAUUUGACAUCAACUGUGGUGUCCGCUUGCUAAGAACCAGUUUAGACGAAAGUGAUGUCCAGCCUGUGAAGGAGCAACUUGCCCAAGCUAUGUUUGACCACAUUCCUGUUGGGGUGGGGUCAAAAGGCGUCAUCCCAAUGAAUGCCAAAGACUUGGAGGAGGCCUUGGAGAUGGGCGUGGACUGGUCCCUGAGAGAAGGCUACGCCUGGGCGGAAGACAAGGAGCACUGUGAGGAGUACGGGAGGAUGCUGCAGGCCGACCCCAACAAGGUCUCUGCCAGGGCUAAGAAGAGAGGCCUGCCCCAGUUGGGGACUCUGGGAGCAGGCAACCACUAUGCAGAAAUCCAGGUUGUGGAUGAGAUUUUCAAUGAGUAUGCCGCUAAGAAAAUGGGUAUCGACCAUAAGGGACAGGUGUGUGUGAUGAUCCACAGUGGAAGCAGAGGCUUGGGCCACCAAGUAGCCACAGAUGCGCUGGUAGCUAUGGAAAAAGCCAUGAAGAGAGACAAGAUUAUAGUCAAUGACCGUCAGUUGGCUUGUGCUCGAAUCGCUUCCGCAGAGGGUCAGGACUACCUGAAGGGAAUGGCAGCGGCUGGGAACUAUGCCUGGGUCAACCGCUCUUCCAUGACCUUCUUAACCCGUCAGGCUUUUGCCAAGGUCUUCAACACAACCCCUGAUGACUUGGACCUACAUGUGAUCUAUGAUGUUUCUCACAAUAUUGCCAAAGUAGAACAGCAUGUGGUGGAUGGAAAGGAACGGACUCUGUUAGUACACAGGAAGGGAUCCACCCGAGCUUUCCCUCCUCACCAUCCCCUCAUUGCGGUUGAUUACCAACUCACUGGACAACCAGUGCUCAUUGGCGGCACCAUGGGAACCUGUAGCUAUGUUCUCACUGGCACUGAGCAGGGCAUGACCGAGACCUUUGGAACAACUUGUCAUGGAGCGGGCCGUGCACUGUCCCGAGCAAAGUCAAGGCGUAAUUUAGAUUUCCAAGAUGUCCUAGACAAAUUGGCAGACAUGGGAAUUGCAAUCCGUGUUGCCUCACCCAAGCUGGUUAUGGAAGAGGCACCUGAGUCCUAUAAGAAUGUAACUGAUGUGGUGAACACCUGCCAUGAUGCCGGAAUCAGCAAGAAGGCCAUUAAACUGAGACCGAUUGCUGUUAUCAAAGGAUAGAACCCUGACCGCAGCCACCGGACACCGCUGACCCUCACUGAAGUGGACGUAGACUGAAACGCUUUUCAGACGUCAGACUCGAGACCUGACAGGUUCCAGGGUGUGUAGGUGUAGCUGCCUGUUCCAGAAUGGCUGGCGGGGAGGCUCCUGAUUCAGGAGCCCAUGUUGUAAACUUUCCUUCUGGGAGGAGUCACAAUGCCUCCAUUUGGAAAGGGAUGUAUAUGCUUCCUCCCUGAUUAUCCCACAGGUUUUUAGGAAAAUCUGUUAGGGGGUGGGGAUAAGUCAAGAAACUGCCUUACUUAGUCAUACAAGUCUUUAAUCAUCAGAAUGAAGUUCUUUACACCAACGUCUGUUUCCAGCCUGAGAGGUGUCAUGAAGAACAUUGUAUUAAAUAGAAAGGUUUUGGAAUGUU